GCAGGACCUAAUGAGUAUCCAGGCGCAUAUCGGAGUACUUGCGCGCGUCGACUGCAUACACUAGAGUCGACAAUGACAUAGUCGCCUCUCGAAUGUAUCGGACACCGGGCACCUCUGACCCACGCUCACCCGGUAACAUGGCCCAGUUGCAGAAACACAAGGCAGAGCUCUUCAGUAACCGCGACAAGGCCUUGUCUGCCGUCGCCGAUCAACGCAUAUGGCCUAUCGACCCACGAAUGGGCCCCUCGGAAGCGCAAGAGAAGCAACGCGCCGAGGCCCUUGACGAACUCGCUGCCUUCGCGAAAGCAGUCUCUGACCUGUACGAGCUCAUGACGGACGUCUUCGCGCGCCAUAAGAAGCAGCAGGAGCAGGAGCUCGAGGACGCGAAAGCGGAGGAAGAGGCCUCGCGCAAGCGCUCGCGCGAGGACGAGGAGGCGCCCGCGGGGCCGGAGCAGGAGAUGGCAGACAUAUUGUCGAGGCUGGAGCUCGAAACGCGCGAGAUGAAGGCCAGUUUCGCGGACCAGGAGGCUGAGAUCCACGAGGACGUGGACAACCAGGUGCUCGAGCUCUGCGAUGCGCUCGGGGCGCCCGAGACCAUCGACGUCGACGAGCCCGAGGACGACGAGGACCUGCCGACCCCGGAAGAGCGUACCGAGGAGCAGACGCGCGACAUGGAGCGGCUCGGCCGGAACGUCGUCGACGUCGCGCAGACGCUCGCCUCCAACGAGGGCGCGCACCAGGUGGUCAUCAGGCAGCGCGACGAGAUCGCGAAGCUGCGCGCGGAGGUCGCAGAGUUCGAUCAGGAGGCGCCGCAGCUGCAGAAGGAGCUUGAGGAGCUCACGGCGCGGCAGGCGAAGCUGGAGGAGGAGCUAAGUGCGCUGAUCCUGGCGUUCGAGGCGCACGUCGCGCGGCACCCACCCACGCCGCCUCGGUCGCCCAUGCACCAGCCGAUGUCGCUGUUGGAGGUCCCGGGGUAUCUAUCGCUGGAGCGGACGGAGGAGGGCGCGCCUGCACCGAUCGAAGAGGACAUUGCGCAGGAAGUGCGCGCCCGGUUGAUGCCGAUGCUGAUGAAUGCGCGGGACGAGGUCGGGCGGGCUUUCGCCACCGAGGGCGUGGAGUUGGUGGGCACGAUCAAGCCGCAGCUGGCGAAGGUCGUGCGCGCGAUGGAGGUGAUGGCGCAGGUGGAGGCCGCGUCCGUCCGCCCUGUGCCUACUGCCCCGAUGGGUGUCUGGGGUGCCCGUCCGGCAUAGUGUGCUACCCUUUUGCGUGCCAGUCACAUUAUUAUCCUUGCUUUCUUGCUCACCCUUUGCUGCCUGUUCUUGCUUUGACAUCACUCGCUUCUUGUCCCUGCAUUCUCACAUGUUCUAAUAAUACGACCAUCUCAUCCACCAUUUCUUGACUGUCACAUAACAUGUAACGAUAGACAUAGUAAUAGAAUCUAAUCAAUGGUAGUUGUACUUCAGAGC